AUGAAAACAUUCUCAAGAGGGAAGGCCUUUCGUAUUAAUAAUAUUUUGGAUGCAGUGCCUGCUCCUGUGCCCUCCCCUGGGAAGACAAUUCUUUCAUUUGCCCAGGCAAGAGACAUAUCCCAAGAAUAUGCAGGAAGCAAAGCCCCAGAGGAGAAGGAGGGCAUCUUAAGGAAGAAGACAGGAAAAAAGGAUGAAAAGCAGCUGGUUCUUAAUUUAGGACAGAAAAUGUACACAAAAUGCCAUACAUGCGGAGUGAUAUAUUCUGAGACAACUCCCUCAGAGAGGAGACUGCACAGGAAACUGCACAAAAAGUGUUUCAGCCCGAAACAGAACCAUAAAUAA